CCGGUCCCCGGUGGAACCAUGCCCAGGUCGUUCCUGGUGAAGAAGGUGAAGCUCGAUGACUUCCCCGCCGGCCUCGACGCCCCGUACGGCCGCGCCCGGGCGGAUUUCGGCUCCCGGUUGCACGAGAAGGGGUACAUCAGCGACUACAUGGCACCCUCGGCCUUCGAGGGGGACCCCGAGGCGGCUCUCAAGGUCCCGUCGCCGGACUCGCUGUACCCGGGCGGCCGCGGCGACUUCGGCGGCGGCGACUCGGAGCCCCCCGACAGCCCGCACUCGGGCAUGGCCGGCGGCUACAUCAACGGCGACGCCGCCGUCAGCGAGGGCUACGCCGUGGACGCCUUCUUCAUCACGGACGGCCGCUCCCGGCGCAAGGUGAGCGGCGGCGCGGCGGCGCGGAGCCUGCCCCGGCACACGUGCGGCGAGUGCGGCAAGAGCUACGCCACCUCGUCCAACCUGAGCCGCCACAAGCAGACCCACCGCAGCCUGGACAGCAAGAUGGCCAAGAAAUGCCCCACCUGCGGCAAGGUGUACGUCUCCAUGCCGGCCAUGGCCAUGCACCUGCUGACCCACGACCUGAAGCACAAGUGCCAGGUGUGCGGCAAGGCGUUCAGCCGGCCCUGGCUGCUGCAGGGCCACAUGCGCUCGCACACCGGCGAGAAGCCGUUCGGCUGCGCGCACUGCGGCAAAGCCUUCGCCGACCGCUCCAACCUGCGCGCCCACAUGCAGACCCACUCGGCCUUCAAGCACUUCAAGUGCAAGCGCUGCAGCAAAACCUUCGCCCUCAAAUCCUAUCUCAACAAGCACUACGAGUCCGCCUGCUUCAAGGGCGCCGCGGCGCCCCUCAGCCCCCUGCACGCCUGAGGGGCCCGCGUGGGCUCCGCGCCCCCCGCCCGCCCGAGCCGCGCCCUUCCCCUCUCGAGGCUCCUCCGCACGAAAUUCGCCCCUCCGGGAUCCAGAGGGAGAGGUCACCCCCCGGUUCUGCCCCUCCGAGCGCGGCGCCGAGGGUCGGUGCGGCGGCACCGAGCUCCCGUCGGGAUCGGCGCCUCGGCUUGCGGCCGGCAGGAUUCGCCCGUCAGGAUUCACCUCUCAAACUUCAUCGUUCGGGAUUCACCUUCGAAAUUUCACCCGUCGGGAUUCACCUUCG